CCUGUAUAGAUGCAGUACAAUUAGUAGACAUUUGGGAAGCGAAAAGAAACGUAACGUGUCCUUGUUAUGAAGUAGUUUUCAAGAAAUACUCAUUUUUCGAGAAGCUUGUCGCUCAUCACACAUGCGCAGUGCCACUUCCUUCAAAGUACGCACGUGUUCGCUGAAGUUGGGAAAAAGCUUGGAGCAAGGGACUGCUGUUGUGUAUCUCUGAUCGCAGAGCAAAACAGAAAUGGCGCAAGCAUUCAAGAGGUUUUUACCGAUGUUUGAUAGGGUUUUGGUGGAACGGUUGGUGGCCGAAACUAAGACGAAAGGCGGGAUUAUGAUUCCAGAAAAGGCACAGGGCAAGGUUGUCGAAGCCACAGUGGUUGCCGUGGGAGCAGGCGCACGCACAGAUGAAGGGAAAGUGCUGCCCCCUAGUGUCAAAGCUGGCGACAAAGUGUUACUGCCUGAAUAUGGAGGGACUAAAGUUGUUUUGGAGGAAAAGGAAUAUUUCUUAUUCCGAGAUGGAGAUCUUCUGGGAAAAUUUGAAUCAUCAUGAUGGAAUUCUGGAGAAAAAGAUUCAACAAAAAUUGAUUUCAUCAUGAGCGUUCCCACAAAAGUGAACUGAAGAUUUCUGUGAUGUAGGAGUGCUGGAUGAAGACAGAAUUUAGAACAUUGAAGACAUUCAUAUUAUCGUAUUUGGAGGGGGAGCUGCCAUAUUGUGACUGGUUUACAGAGAUGGAAAUAUUGUGCUAGAAUUAGUUGUGCCAUUGUGUCAACCGUUUUCCUGCGAUAUAACUGCACAUGUUUGUACUGUCGCUUAGUAUUUUCACCCAACUAUAAAAGAGAAUAUAUGUUUGGUAGGGACUCAUUGUACAUGUACUAUCACUUAGGUCCAAAGACAAUUUAAACCAACUUUUUAGCCAAUACAUGUGUCAAAUAAUCAUGA